AUGGAGGGCGAGUUCUUGCAGUCCCUCACAGUGCCUGUAUCCCCAUCUGCUCUGGAUCAUUAUGGUGAAUCUGCUCCCAGUCAGCCUCCCUGCUUCACCUGUGCUUAUGAACCAGGUAGAGAAGAGACAGGACGACUGUCAUCAAAUGGCUACAUCAUUAGAGGAGCCCUGAAGAGGUUGCUGUUAAAGCUCGAUCCAGCUCCUGUAGAUUUUGAGGGAGACACAGUUGAUAUUUUUGACUUCCCAUGGCUGACAGAAACAGCGCUGGUAGAAUCUACCAAACUUCUGUUUGGCUUGUUCAGACAAAAGGUGUUAAAACUGGAGAUGUUGGUGCAGUCCAGCUCGCGUGAUUUUGGUCAAGCGAGCAGUCUUCAUCAUGAGGCAGAGGAACUGAGACAGCAGUGUGUGCUGUUCCUCAGCUAUAUCAAGGUCUUCAUUUACAGAUUUUUGGAGCCCACACAAUCCAUAGAUGAAGGUCCUGUUCACCUAGACGCAGAGGCUCAAGUGCCAUCAGUCUUGGUGGAGGAGCUCUUCAGUAUCACACUGCUUAUUGGACGAAUCAAAAAUCUGUCAGCUUAUGUCCAGAGUGCUCUUACAAUUCAACAUCAGGGAAAGCUCUUUCCUCUAUCUUGCCAAUUACUAUUGCAUCUGGACAUCCACUGGUCCAUUCUGGAGAUCCUGCACCUGUUGGAGCAAAGGAUGAUGGGUCAGGUAGUUUACGCGCACCAGUUCGUGAAUUUGACAGGCGAGACGCUCACCAACAUCAGUCUGUUUGAGGACCAGGUCAACAACCUGCUCUGUGAUCUCAUUGGCCUGGCCAUGAACAAAUAUAAUAAGGUGAGACCAACAGAGACUCUGAACAGCCAUCAUGAUCACUGCCUCUGCACAAAGGAAUUAUGGAUUCUACUCAUGCAUUUAGUGGAGCAAAGGAGCAAAACAAUACACACUCAGUUGUUUCGUAUGUAUAUAACAUUUCGUAUAAUGUUAUUAAUUUUAAUAAUGAAUAUUACAUUGGUAAGUUUGUUCCUGUUUCAGAAACAACUUGAGGAUAAUUGGAGCUUUGUUAUGGGGCUGCUUAAGUCUAGCUGUGAUCCAAAGAAAGCUGCACAGGAAGAGCAGAUACGGAUGGUUGUCCACUGCUGCCUCAGCAUGAGCCUGAUGUGGGGCCCAAAUGUCAGUGCUGUCACAAUGCUCUGGGAGUAUUACAGCAAAAAUUUAGCAUUUGGGCUUCCAGCAAUGCCGUGGCGCCAGGACCACCUCCUCCUCCCCUACACACCAAAAGCACACACACAGGGAGGUUUGGGCUUCGCUGAUGGCACUCGGGCUUGGAGCGCGCUCGGUGGGAGGCACGGCACACGACUCUACUCAAAGUUCUACCAGAGGAGGAUGACGGAGGUCUCUGACACGGGCCUGCUGCACUUCCUGCUGCUUUUCCUGGUCCUGGCGCAGUGUGCAGAGCUGGAGGACGUUGCAAGCCAAGCAUGCGACUUGCUCACUGUGCUGCCCGCUGACUCCACGCCCCUGGCCCUCCUCGUGCUGCUGUGGAGGGGCCAGCUGGCUCUUGUGCUGCUGUAUUUGGAGAAGGGACUAGAUGCAGGCGUGUUGGCGGAGCAGUUGGCCACCUACUUCAGCCAAGCAGCCCGCGAGUUCUACCUGAAGACCACUGAGCCUUCACGCAAGCUAGCUCUGUGGGCGCCACUUAGCUCGUACCUGGAGGGAGUGAGCGAGGUGUUUGGGACUAGUCCUAAUCUUAUGCUGUCAGAGGAGAGGCUUCUGAAUGAGGGCUUUGGACUGCUGCUGCCCGCCUGCCGCCAGUCCGAGCUCAGCUCUGCUUUGGGCUUCAUGCAGACGGUGCUGGCCCAAUUACGGAGAGUUCACCAGCGCUGUGGCCAGCCGUCUCACUCUAUAGUCUCUAUGAAGAAUGGCGUGUGUACCAGUUGGGUUCCUCUCCACAGCGUGGCUAAAGAGCGCCACCAAGCGGUGGCAGCAGCACUCUGGUCCCACUUCUUCCCCUUCCUGUGCAGCAUGAGGCUUUCCCAGACCCCCCCGCCACAGCUCGCGGACGCCACAGCAGUGUAGCUAUUUUUAAGGGUAGAAAUGUGGGAAUGAAUGUGUAACAUCUAAUAGUAUUUUAUGCCAUUAGGAUUACAGGCCCACCCCAUCCAGUCCAUUAUGCAGAGCUUCGGCUGGGACAAGAUGCUCCACCCCCUGCUGGUAACCCACUAUCUAAAUCACCUGCUACAAAAUGGAGAGCUGGUCAGUUGGGUCAGCUCUGGGCCAGGCUCAGGUUUGGCCCAGGCUUUGUGUGUACGUGCCUGGAUCUGAUGUGUUCUACAACAGUAACUCCAUAAAAGCCAAGAUACUCCAGAUUCAAGAGCAGGCAGAAAUCUGGAUGAACAGUUGGCCGAGUUAACCAGGCAGGUCCUCCGACUUCCAAAAGUGGAGUCUGUGCUGCAGAGAGCAGGACUACAUCCUGUUGCUGCCAAAGAUCCCAAACCUGCAAUGGCUGUGUUCAUCAGGGCUGUGAGUCGAUCAUACUGUGAGCUCAAGCUCUUCUCGGAGUGUUCUUCAGUGGCCCGAGCACUAGAGUAUGUAGGAGACAUCCUCAAAUACAUCAAGCCUUACCUGCUAAACAAGAGCCGGGAGGGUCUACAGCUAGUAUACUGGACUGUAGGCUGCUUGGUCAAGCACUGGAGCUACCUGUUGGCCACCACCAAAGCGCAGCAACUGCUCUUCCGCAUUGUAGAUGUGCUCUUAUUGCCCCACGCUCUCCUCCAGCUGGACAGUAGCACGCACACUCAAAUGCUCUCAGCCCUCAAAUAAAGCCUGCCAUUAUUUCUGCAGGGUUUGUCAGUGGCAAGUGUGAGUGUGUCUCAAUCUCAGGGGGCGUACCUGAAGCAGCAGCUGCACAGUGUCAUUUCCCAGUACCUGAGCCGAUUUCUCCCAGCCACACCCUCUACUGGAGUAGUGGUCAAUCAUCCUGUCCUGCUGGCAGCCUGUGAAUCAACACCCACCCCACAAGGGGAGAAACUCAGGAGGAGCAUUCUACAUGUGCUGAGAGACAACUUCCUCCAGUUUAAAGGUCUCGCUCCUCCCCCUCGACUCGCUGCUGUUCUCUCCUGGAACUGUGAUCGAGAUCCUGCCUUACACACGAUUCCUCUUCCUUUGUUGCUGCGCUGUCUGAUGCUGGUCAACGAACCACAAGGUAGACAAGGACACACAAAGUUAAGCAAUAUCAGACGAACAAGAAUCCCGAAUUUCGGCACUGUGGUAAAUGUAAUAUUGAUACUAUAA